CAGCUAUUUCCUGCUAUGACUUUGAAGUUUUUCACAAGGAGAUUUGUGUGUGCACAAAUGAGAGUAAUGUUUUCUCAGGCAGAUUUGCAUGACUGAUUCACUGCUCAAGUCUUGGACAAUCUUGCAGCUUAAAAUUUUAUGAUUUUCAUCCUUUUUAGAAAGCCACUCCCUGUUGGAGGUGUGUUUCUAAAUUCUAAUGCAAGAAUUAUUAAUGGAAACUAUUGUUUGGAGGAGUGAGAUUGGAGCUAUAUUGAAGUAUCCAAAGCAAUUUGAGAUAAAUCUAGUUGAAAAAAGACAUGGGCAUGGGAUUAUUGGAGAUUCUAGUUAUGAUCGUAAGAGGAAGAGAAAGAAGAAUAGGAGGCCAUUGAAUAAAGGAGAAGAAGAACAAUUGAAACAUUUUUUGAAAAUCCGUGGCUAUCUUAUGUCAUGCUAUGAAUCAUUGAAGAUGGUCGGACUCGGUUUGGAGUAUUUUCCAGUAAGAAAUGGUAAAAUCAAUGAACCUGCUAAUGAAUCUAAAGUUGUUAUUGACUGGGCUGGAUUGUGUGAACUUGAUAAGAUGGUACCACUCACUGAUGAUAAGACUCCUGUUAAUCUUGAAUUAACAAAAGAUGAUGUUGGUAAAGAAAUCGAUGUGUUUGGUAAAAUCAUCAUGAACAAAGCUACACACGAGAUUUGUGCAAAUAUUUGUGGGCAUAAUGUAUCCAUUCCUCCAUCUUCCUCCUUCCUUCUCUCUGACAUAUCUAAAAUACAAUUACUGAAGCGAUUCUCUCGAUAUGCUGAUGCUAAUGGUUAUAAUAUUAUUGUCCUUGAUCCUCCUUGGGAAAACAGAUCAGCUAUUAGAGGAGGGAAGUAUAAAUGGUUGGACAAAGAAGACAUCUCCCAGCUUCCUAUUCCAGAGCUGAUAGCUCCGGGUGGUCUGGUAGCUCUGUGGGUCACUAAUAAGAGACAGCUGGUACAAUGGACUGUACAGGAAUUGCUGCCUAAAUGGGGACUAGAGUACAUUGGUGAAUGGCUCUGGAUAAAGGUUACAACUGAAGGUGAUUUCGUUUUCGAUGUCGACUCUGUACACAAGAAACCUUACGAGUCUCUUAUAAUUGGAAAGAGACCCUCUCUCCCUGCUGACUCUGAUCCUACGCCACCUCCUGCUAAAGCUCAAAGACUAACUGAGUCACAUUGUAUCCCUCCAUCAAACCCUUUAAUGCUAAAAGAUUUAUCGGGUGACAAGUCAGUUCAAAGUUUGUCUGCAGACUCUGCAUCAAGUGUUAAAUCAAGAUCAGGAGAUGAGAUCUUAGUAGAUAACGUGUCAGUGAUCACUGGAUCAUGCAAACCUCCUUCACAAUACUCAUUAAUGUGUAUACCCAGUACUACUCACUCUCAGAAACCAUACUUGGGAGAUAUUUUGCAAUUAUACGCUGAAAGUAAAGAUAUGAAAUGUCUUGAAUUGUUUGCAAGGAAUCUCUUACCAGGCUGGACUUCCUGGGGAAAUGAAGUCUUACAGUUUCAACUUUUAUUGUAAGCUAUAUUAUCUUUGAAAAGUAAAUUUAAUUCAUGAAAA